AUGCCGAGGCCAGGCAAAAACUCCUAUGAUGAGCAGAAGCCGCCGUACUCAUACAUUUGGCUCACCUACAUGGCGAUUCAGUCAAGCGACGAAAAAAUGCUGCCGCUCACCGAAAUCUAUAAAUUCAUCAUCGAAAAGUUCCCAUUUUAUCGGAAAAACACGCAAAGAUGGCAAAACUCUUUGCGUCACAACCUCUCAUUCAACGAUUGUUUCAUCAAAAUCCCGCGGAGAGCUGAUCGACCUGGAAAAGGAUCCUAUUGGGCCGUUCAUCCAAAUGCCCUCGGAAUGUUUGAGAAUGGCAGCUGUCUAAGAAGGAGGAAACGGUUUAAGGCUCAACAAUUGGAUGCCGAGGAGGAGGCGACGAUGAAACUCCCCUUUCCGCCGAUUCUCCCCUGGUUUAUGAAUGGAAAUUCGGCGCAAGCGACACCAUCGCCUCCAGCCUCGACCGAUUCCCCUCAAUUACCGAUGCUGAAUCCAUCCUCAUAUUUGUCGAUGUUAUUCCCGCAGCUUUUCCCUCCACCAAUCGAUGGACCAUCUUUCGGUUUGCAAUCAUUUGAACAGCCAUUCCUGCCCACAUUUGGUUCUCUAUUGCCCACACAAGAGAUCCCAUUUGAUUUAUCAACGACCAGCGAGGAGCACACUGAUCCAGAUAUCUCGGACUCGAGUCACCGAUCGGCGCUUGAUUCGAGCGAAUCACUCGACUCUGAUGUGAAAGAUGUAGACAAGGAUGGGGAGGCGCAGCGACCCUCCACUCCUCCAUCCCAUCUCGAGCUGAGUUCCCUCCUCAAUUUCCCCUCCUCACUCGAAUCGAUUCUCAAUCUCCAUCUACCAAAACCAUCAACAACUUCAGCAAAAUCUUUCCCCAAAUUCUCGUCUCUAUUCUCCUUCGAUAAACCCAAUUCUCUUAACAUCACUUUAUCUGGAAAGGUUAAAAAAUCGCCAAUAGCCGUCUCCCGUAAACAAAUCCCUUUUUCAAUUGAUCGGAUUUUAGCU